CUUCCCUCAUCGCCCGCACAAAUUUCAUUAUUCCAUCGCUCCAAAGACAACAAUUGAAGCAACAAAAACGUGAGAAAUCGGCCCAGACCACUCGAUAAGUGACAAACAAGUGAUCAAAGCCCAUUACCCGGACGAAAAUAGAGACGAAGGACUUGCAUACUGCAGUUAUGUGCUUCCCUUACAAUAAUAGGAUUUUUUUAUGGUGAUAAUAUGUCAAAAUCAAACAUAAGAAAAAUAACAGUUGACCCUACGAAAUGUAAUACAGACUCAAGGAGGCCAAGUGUUUUUGAACGUUUGGGUACCAAACCAGUGGCCGCAGUAACGCAGCAAAUAACGUCUGAUUAUUGCAGAAAUUGGGCUUUGAAUGGCAGUUGUUCGUAUGGUAAAACUUGCAAAUAUGCAAUCACCCAUACCCUCAUAAGCCCCUCGAAGAGAGUGAAGAAGGAUACAGCAAAUGCCAGUACUCCAGUGACGAAAGAGGAUCCCUUCAAGCGCGUAACCUCGAAAAUCGUCAAGAAAACCCCCCACUCCCCUGACCUUAAUCUCGAGGAGUGGAACCAAACAGAUCUCGAGUACGAGGACGAGAAGGUCCUAGAGCGUCGCCGCCAGCUGCUGCAGCGUGAGCUGGAGAUCCAGAUGAAAAAGGACAAAGAGGUCCACACGAAAGACCGGCCCAAGCAUAAAAAGAAAAUCAUGACAUCCUCCUCCUCCUCGCACUCCUCCUCCUCGUCCUCGUCCUCCAGUUCGUCCUCGAGCGAGGACUCGUCGUCCUCCUCGUCCUCCUCCUCUCGAAAAAAACUAAAAAAAAUAAAACAGAAGCGCGCGCACAGCCCUCCCUCGGAUUACGAUGACGAUAAAGACCGAAAGAAGAAGCUAAAGCUCAAAAGACUAGCAAAAACCGAUAAGGUCCCGAAGAAAAAGCGGAAGCUUGAGGCCACGCCCUCAAAGAAGGACAAGGACCUCCCGAAGCCCUCGAAGAAGGCCCUCCCGCAGCGCAAGCACUCGGCAGUUCGUCCGAAAUCUCCUGCGACCCCCGGAAAGCCGAAAGACCUCCGAAGUGAAUCCCCAAUGAAAGCCAAACGCGACCCUUCCAAAGACCUCCCGAAACGCGUGAGCCGAACCUCGGAGGACCCUAAAGAUCCUCUCAAAGACCUCAAAUCAAAGCCAGAAAAACUAAAAGACAUCGAAAAACCGAAGCUUCGUCUUCCUGAAGACAAACUUCUCUCGAAGCAAAAAUCCAAAUCGAAGGAGAGGAGGUCGCGGACCCCUCCCAAACCUCAGAAGUCCCCUCUCAUCUUGAAACGAAGGAGUAGAACCCCGGAAAAGCGUCAGAAACGGGAGUCGCCUAGGCCUUCGAAACCGUCCUUGACGCCCUCGCGGCCCUCUUCAACGCCUUCGAAGCCCAAGGAUCGGGAGGUUCACAAGCUGGACCGGGAGGUUCACAAAUUGGAUCGGGAGGCUCACAAAUUGGACCGAGAGGUUCACAAGCUAGACCGAAAGGAUCACGAUACCCUCAAAAAGGUCGAGUCAAUGAAACCGCGGGCCCUCAUGGAGGACCUCCGCAAGCCCUUGCCGCGUGACCUUGAGGACAAAAGACGGAUUAAGGACCAUCGGGAGGACCGCAAGCCCACCCAUGACCUACGGGAGGACAAACUUCAUCAGAGACGCGAUAAGGACCGGGAGGAUCGCCCCAGGGAGAGGGAGGAUCGCCCACGUGACCUCAAGGAUGUGAAAAUGGGGCCCACGCCGUUGAUGGAUAAGAGGUAUCUGCGGGAGAAGGAGAAGCCGAAAGACCUCCUCCCGAAGGAUGAUAAAUUACCGAACAGGGAUCGACGAGGGGAUCGAGAGCGGGAUCGUAACCCUCCCAAAUUCGAAAAGUACGAGAAGGAUCACAGGUUCAGAGAGAGGUCCCCGGAGAAGCCAACCCUGGAGCGGGAGGUUUACGACAGAAACCGCCACAGGAGGUUCGGGAGGUUUGACGAUAGGAAGGAGAAGGAGUUCCCUCCUAAGGUUGAGAGGCGGGAGAGUCCGAGAGGGAUGGAGGUCGACCGAAGUUUCGACAGAGGUUAUCAGAGGAUGGAGUGGGAGGGCCACGAGGAGGGCCACUUCCACGAGGACGAGCAGAGACGAAAGAAUCCUGAAGGGCGGAGGUUCAAUUCACCAUUCGUGGAGAGACGAAAUCGGGAGAGGGAGGAGAGAGGGGAGGUCAGGAGGUAUCCGGAGAGGAACUUUGAGGACCACCAUCAUCACUUCCCGCAGGAGCCUAGGGAGAAGGUCAGGAGUCUCGACAGGAGGGAGGAGGUCGGGGACAAAUGGGAGGAGCAUGGAAGGGAGAGGUAUCCCCUCCCUCAGCCCUUGGUUCCCGAGUGGGAGGACCGGGAGUGGAGCUCUACAAGGCCCAGACCAGGCCCUAGGGUGGAUCGGGAGUGGGAACGGGAGAGCGUUCCGAGGUCGGAGGCUCACGAUGAGGAUUGGAAUCAGAGGUAUGACAGUCCAAUGGCCGAUUGGAAGGUCAAUGAGUCGGCGAAUAGAAAGUGGGAGAAUCCUCAGGUGCAUCUUCGGGCGAAUUAUAGGAAUGAGAGGCUGAAGGAGAUGGAGAUCGAUCUGCAUAAUAAGAGGAGGCCUUAUGGGACUGGUACCCCGGAGGUCGACGGAGGAUCACAUGGGUCCAAGCAGAGUUCCCUCCAUGGGAGUAUGAAGGAGGAGCCGAUUAAUAAGAAGCUGAUGGAGUUGGCGGAGGGGAGACCUCGGAGAAGCAGGGAGAAGUCAGCUGAUUCAUUCGGGAAGAAGAGCGUAAUGAAGGAGAAAGGAGGUCUGGGAGUGCUCGCCCUCCCGGAAGUGAAGGAUCUUCCGGAGACUAAACGAAUAUGCCUGGACGAAUCAGUGGCUCAUCAUACGGAGAGUGAUCUCAGUGAUAUCAGUGAUGAUCCCGACGACAUAUUGAAUAUGGAGGACGAGAACGAUAAGAAGGUCGUUGAGGAGGACAGCCUGGCGACGACACCUCAGGACCUUCAUGAGUCACCGGAGCAUGUCCCUCCGGGGCCUGAGGACCCUGCAGUCACCCCGAAAGAUAAAAAAGAGGAGAAGGAGGAGAGGGAGGAGCACAUGGAGGAGGACAACAUGGAGACUAUGGACUUCGAGGAGAUCUCUGAUGGGGAGCUUGAGGAGGACAUCAAGACCAGUGGGAAGGGCCUCGGUGAUGCCCUCGGGGUGGACUGGGAGAGUCUUGUUAAGGAGUCACAACCGAGGAGGGGCAAUCAGGAGAGUGAGGAGAGUGCGCAGGGGAGGUGGCAGUGCAGGGCCAUCUUCCAGAGGAUCGGGAUCUCCAGGAGAUACGCUGGGGACGAUCUGGUGGACAAGAUCUGUAGAAAAUAUGGGGAUGACGGGGAGUUUCUGCUGAGUGGGGUGGCUAUGAUUCAUGCAGGAAUGUGGCGUCAGAGGGUUAUGGGGGAGAGCGAGGUGAGGGGGGCGGGCGGGAGUGACGAGGAGGAUGAGGAGGUCUUGAAGCCGUUUGUAGAGCUUUUUGAGGAGGCCAAAAGGAUGGUAGAAGAGAAUUGCUGAAGGAGAGAUGGGGAGCUUUUGGAAAGGAUCAGAUAGGGGCGGGAGGGUCAAGGAGGGCUAGGAGAUCUCCAGAAGUAGUUCAUGAGAGGGAAGGAUGGAAGUCGUCAGGAAGAGUCUAAUGGUGGAUGGGAAGGUUGGGAAGGACCAGACGAUUUUGAAAAGCCGUCCCCGAAGACCUUUUUGGGACUUUUUGAAGUGGUAAAAGAAUUGUUAGGGGUUGGGAGGGUUCAGGGAGGUUUUCGGAAGGAUCAAAUAAUUAAUGGAAGGGUCAGGGAGAACUAGGUUUGGAAAGCUAUUACUGAAGGCCUUUGUGGUAUCUUCGAUGGGUUGAGAGGGUUUUGAAACAGAAUUAUUAGGAGAUUCAUAAUUAAUGAAUUAUUAGGGGAUUCAGGAAGGUCUUGGGAAGGUUCAAAUAGGGGAUGGGUGGGUCAGGGAGGGCUAGAAGGUGUUGAGAGGCCGUUCUUGAAAGCAUUUUGAGGACUUUGAAGUGGUAAGAAAAUUGUUAGGGGUUGGGAGGGUUCGGGGAGGAUUUCGGAAGGAUCGAAUAAGGAAUGAAAGGGUCAGACAAGGCUAGAAGGCUUGAAAAGCUAUUACUGAAGACCUUUGUGGUACCCUCGAAAGAGUAAGAGGAUUUUGAAACAGUUUUAUUAGGAGAUGGGAGGAUACGGGGAGGUUCUGGGAAGGUUCAAACAAGGACAGGAGGGACUUGGGAUAUCUUUCGAUCCAAUCGAGAUAAAUACAUCGUCUUACAGCAUUUUGAACUGGAAAUUUCCCUGGCUAUCGAACGAAAUUGGUUAAACAUGCAACGAUGUUUUAAAAAUUCAAAAUCAUCUUUUUAUUCACUAAUUAAUGAAAAUUACAAAUUCAAUCUGAGAAAUCAAUUUGAUUUGUUGGGAAAUUUUCUCAUAGUGGAGUGGAUGGCUUAAGGUGUUUGGGACCGGAAAUUCUUCUACUUAUCUGCUGAAAUUUAACAAAAAAUCUAAAAAAAAUUAAAAAAUUUCAAAACUCAAUUUCC